GUGGGCCGGUAUGGAGGUUACGAAGUAUUAAUGCAGCGAUCAAUAAAAACAAAUAAAUAUUGUCGAAAUAUUCUGGGUUAGAUUCGGAGGAGUUGAAUCUGCUCAUGAAGUACACUCUGUCUGGACGUGUGGAGGACAAAAACGAUGAAAGAUUUCUUUUGAUCGUAAUUUCUGGACGAAGCUAGGCCUGUUAAAAGAAACUUUGAAGUCAAUGGCAACCAUGGUGGCCUCGCAUGAUGCCAGAGGUCAUCACGCCUCUCAUCCCACCCGCCAGCCCUCGGCCGCCCAGAGCCUGAACAUCCGCGAGUUCUCCUUUGCCACCCAGAGCCGCUUCAACGCAGGCCGGGACCUGGUGCUGACGCGGAGCGACAGCUACGUCAUUCACAAAGCCCCCAAGGAGUACAGCAUCUGGGACCGGCCUCCUCCAGACUUCCGCCCCCAGCAGUAUCUUCCCAAGCCACCCAAGCGGAACUCCCGAGGCAUGCAGCCCUGGAAAUAUGGGACUUUUCCAGGCCAGAAGAAAGCAGUGGGGAAAGCCAAAGGAAAGAAGGCAGUAGAGUUGCCCAAGAUCCUUCAACCUGUCCAGCCGCGCAGCAGCCAGCUGGUGACCCGAUUCAGGAUUGAUGACCCCCAUGAGACCAGAGUCAAAUUUGUGAAAGAGGGCAUGUACCCCAAGGAGAAAUAUCAGAUGCCGAAACUGCACGACUUCAGGGGGUAUCCACCAUUGGGUCCUCUUGGCUUGCCUGAGUUUGUCACAGCCUCAGAGCAUGAUCCAUACAACAUCCACUUCAAGUCAAGAAACAGAGACAUGAUUUUUGGGCUUCCUGAGCCAAGAUCGGAGAGGUCACAAGGUCGCCAGAUGGGUCAAGCGAUGACCCCUCAACCCCGCUACCAACCCGAGCUCAUCAUGCCUCCUCUGAAAUGGCCGACAACAUCUGGUGAAUUCUCGCGUUUCCGGAGGAAGAACAGGUCCCCUCACACUGUCCUCCUCGACCAGAUUGAAGGCACUUUGGAUGCAAGGUGGAAGCAGGAGGAGGAGGAACGGGAACGCAUCCAGACGGAGAUGGAGAGAGAUAAGAGGGAGAAGCAAUUCAGGGAGGAGGUUGCUAGGCAACUGGCUGCCAGGCUGCAGGUGGACUCAGCCUCCACAGUGCACUCCCCCUGGGAGGGAGGCGACGCUGGUGGACAGACCGGAGGCUGGAUGGACACAGAGAUGAGUGGACAGAGGCACAGCCAACUGGCCAGCAGUGGGGGAAGUCAUCGAGGCAGCGCAGCUAGGAUGGGUAGUCUUGGCGACGGAGGAAGCGACGCCGACAGAUACCGAGAUGUGGGUGCUCACAGUCAGAGUAUCCCAAGCUCAGCCAAUGAACACAGCAUGGAUGUCUCUUGAUAGAGAUGCACAGAACUGCUGGAUUCACUUGCAAAAUCUCCUGGCUUGAAAUGUGUGUGAGCAAAACAGGGUUUAAAACAGUAGAGGCUUCAGUGAAACUUGAGCAAACCAACAGGUCUUCAGUUCUGCUUCAAGGAGCAUGCCCAAGACUAUUUUUAGAACUUCACAAUGAUCAGCUCCACAGCUUAUAAUAUAGCUCUGAAUGAGUUAUGCAUGAGUCAGCUGUAUUUGUGAAGGUUCUGGCUUGUAAUUUCUGUUGCCUUGCUUAACAAAAUUGGGAGUGACAUUGAUUGUGUGGCUUAAUAAUUGAAUUAAAAUACAUGUGCUGAGUUGGGUUUGUCCUUUCCCAUUUCAGGGCUAGAUUUAUCAAUCAAACACAGGUGUACUAAAAGUGCAAUGCAGAGGCUUAUUUACUUUUACACAAAACCAAAUUCUCCGAGCUAACUUAAACCACGUAAAACAUUAGUGCAGGGAUUUUCAUGCAAGACAAACCUCAUCUUUUUCAAUUUAUUUUCUAAUGGAAAUAAACAGAAUACAUUGUAAGAAUCAACGAAUAGAUUAAUAUAAAAAAAGACAUCCAGAGUUAAACAUGGGAAACUGCAGGAUAAAAAUUUCAGAAUUCCACCCCAAGGCAUCAGAAUGAUAUUUUUCACACUUUAUGCUAAAUUAUUCCAAUCAAAACAUUGAUUUCUACUUAUUUUAAGGGCAAAGUAUUGUUUGCUGUAGGAAUAAACAUAUUACUCAUUUUAAAUGAAUAAUUACAAGCCAAACGUGCGAUUAGAUCUACAUUUAAUCUUUAUCAUAUAAUUUAACCUUUUAUACAAAAUAGUGCAUUCCCACCAACUAUUGAGAUUUUGUAUAUAUUUGCACUUUAUUGUUGACAAAAUAUUGGCUGAAUAAACAACUUUUGUUUA